UCCAAAGUCAAAAAUCCUUACCCGAAUAGUUACCCGAAUAGUUGCUCGUAGAGACGGUAGAGUAGCAGCUGGCUCCUCCAGUGCUCCACCUCCACCUCGCAAGUUCAGUCACCGUCGCCCGCCGUCGUACCAGCCUCCAGCCUCUUGAGUUCCAGUCGGCAGUCAGCCCCAGAAUCCAUAGAUAACUGAUCCACCUGUCCACCAGGCACUAGUGCACCGCCUCCACGAUUCCACAGCAGCACAGCUCCACUCCUGUGCAGUUUGGUGCCUCAUACACACACAGAUAAGCAGAAAGGAAGAGAGUAGAGUGAAUUGGUUUCAAUCACAGGAAGAAAUGAAUCAGAAAGAAGCAAUGCCACAGGACACUGCACCACUGGAGAAACGGCCAGGAGUCCUCCUUGUUGGAUCUGCCAACGUUGGAAAACGUACCCUUGUCUCUCGAUUGCUCUCGAUAGAUUUGGAAGACACCACUGAUACAACAUCUGGGUUACUUGCCUUUGGGUGGUCAAUGAACACAAAAUACUACACUGCUGAUGUUACUGUUUGGUUGGCCAAUCUCCAUAAAAAGUUUUCAGUCCGGUCUCUUCCAAUAUUUGAUCAGUUGGCUGCGUUGGUGAUGGUUUUUGAUAUAAGUAAUGUUUCAUCUUUUAUUGAACUUAAAGAUUGGGUGUCUCACACGGAUAUUCAGAAGUUUGAUAUUUUGCUAUGCAUUGGCAACAAAGUGGAUCUUCUUCCUGGUCAUUCAGGUCACGUUGAGUAUAGACGCCGGCUGCUGAAAUAUGCAGAAUCUGCUGGUAGUUCAUACACUGAAAUAUUUAACUCUGGCAUUGACGAGACAGAAGGGAGUAAUCUAUUGGGAGGUGAAGAUGAAUCCUCAUUGGGGAUUAAGAAUGCCUGCAUGGAAUGGUGCAGUGAACACAACAUAGAAUAUGUUGAAGCAUGUGCAUCGAAUGUUGAUUUUGACAAGUGUUUAUCUGUUGAUGGUGAUUCACAGGGCGUCGAGCGACUUGAAGGGGCACUAUCGGCAUAUAUGUGGCCUGGAAUGGUACUAAAGUCUGGUGAUAAAAUAAAUGCACCUUCAUUACCCCAAGAUCAAGACGUGUCAGAUGAAGAAUCUGAAUAUGAACUGGAAUAUGAAAUCCUAUCCGCCGGUUCUGAGGAUCGAUGGGAGGACAACGCAGGAGGAGGCUGGGUAUCUGCAGAUGGUCCUAUUGCAAUCACUGAAUCAAGCAAACAAAAGGAGAGUGGUAGUGAAGAAGGCAAUUAUAGUGAAAUGAAUCUCGUCAUUGGAGACAACGAGCUCCCAAAACCAGAACAACCUUGCCUGCAGGGAAUGGUUGGAGAAGUAGAAUUGCUGGGAAAAUCUGAAACUGAUAACGACACAACAACAUACAAAUUUGAAGAUUUGGAGCAGCUAAUGGGUGAGAUAGGGAACAUGCGUGAUAGUUUGAGGUUGAUGCCGGAUUUUCAGAGGAGGGAGAUGGCGGCAAAUCUGGCCAUGAAGAUGGCAUCCAUGUUUGGGGAUAGCAGUGGAGAUGAAGACGGAAUGUAGUGAUUCAAGACUGACUGUUCUUGUACACAUUUGUUAUUUAAUAAUGUACUAAAUGUCUCAUGUAUACACCAUCAUUGAACUUGUGUUGAUUUAAUUUGUUACACCCUAUAAUGUUUUAUUGUUAGUUAUUUUUCAGUUUCGUUUGCCACUUGCUAUGUGUAAUAGGUCUAACGGGGAGAAAUGCUAUG